AACCGCCUCACUUCAAUAUAUAGGAAAAAAAGAAAGCUUUCUUCGCCGUUUUUGUGUUCUUCCUCGCUCUGCUUAACGUCGAGUGCAUAUUCUUACUCAAAAUCGUUCGUCGAUGCGAUAAGUUUCUUCCUCAAGUGUUUUCCGAAUCUGUAAGAAUGGUUGCAGUAACCAAACUGAGGAUAAAGUUCGGUCCUGAAGGUUCUAUCAAAACCAUCCAAAAGUUUCCGGAUAUUAACAAAUGCAGUGAUGCGAAGAAAGUUGAGAAAUCAAUAAGCGAAGAUGUAAUUAAAGCCUCGAAUCAAUCGAAGAAGCGUGGACCUAGCGAGCUAGAGGAGGUUCAUGCGAAGAAGAAGCAAAAGCUAGACCGUAAUUUGGCUAGUCAGUGUUUAUCACUGUUAAGAUUAUUGGGCGGGCACGAGUAUGGGUGGAUAUUUGGUGUGCCUGUGGAUCCCGUUGCGUUGAAUAUCCCUGAUUACUUUACUGUCAUAUCGAAGCCGAUGGAUCUAGACACAAUCAAAUCCAAGCUUUUGAAGAAUGUUUACAGCAGUGGAGAUGAGUUUGCAGCAGAUGUCCGGUUAACCUUUACCAAUGCGAUGCUGUAUAAUCCUCCCGAGAAUUCGGUUCACAAGUGGGCAAAGGAGCUCAAGGAGAGUUUUGAAGUUAGAUGGGAAUCGCUCAAGAAGAAAAAGAUUUCGGAAUUAUUUGGGAGUGAAGUCAGACAAGGCUCUAAAAGACAGCCAGUUGAAGUGGAUUGUGUAAGACAGAGCAGCCCUGAAACACCAUCAACCUCUGGGAGAUCCUCUGUGGAAUUGUCAAAACCAGUGAAAGAGAAGUCCGAAAAGGUUUCUCUUUUGUUAAAGCCUGUGAAACUGAAAUUGCAGAGCAAAAAGGAUACUCCUGUUGUCACACCGAAAGCUGUAGCAACGAAGUUGAGGAUUAAGAAACUCGAGCAGGGCCUUGGUAUCAGUUCGGUGAAAAUCUCAAGCAAGGGUUCAGCUCUAACUGCAGCCUGCAAAUGUGGUUCAUGUGGUAGGGUUACUUGUAUAUGCCUCAAGUCCUGUAACUCAUCUGGAAGUGAAGUUUCUUCAUUAACGGAUUGUCUAGUAAAGAACACUUCAGGUUCACAGGCAAGCGAGUCAGAUCCACAUUCCAACGGGUCUAUAAGCUCAAAGAAUGAGAGAAGUGGUUCUGUUAGUUCUCAUGUUGAUAAACCCUUAAGCAGUGCUUUAUUGGAUAAUGAGUUGAAAAAUACAUUUCCAGCUAUGCCUCCGUUACCACCUGAGAAGGCUCUUCGUGCUGCAAUACUCAAGGGUCAAUUUGCAGAGACCAUUUUUAGAGCUAAACACAGAAAAGUUCUUGACCAGAGUAACAAAGCUGAUCUAAUUAGAAUACAGAUUGAAAAGGAACAGAUGGAAAGAACUCAACGUGAAGAGAAAGCUAGAAUUGAAGCCGGGAUGAGAGCCGCUAAGAUUGCUACACGAUUGAGGGCAGAAACCGAGUUGAAACAGAGACGUGAGAGAGAACGUCUUGAACGAGAACAGAUGAAAAUAACAUUCGACUUCGAAGAGAAUAACAUCUUGAGAUUGAACGAGGAUUUGGUUAAUCUCUGUGGGACCUCUAAUCUGACAAGAACUCCGUUGCAUAAAUUGGGUCUGUUUUUAAGAAAUGAUGAGUUUUUGGACGAGGUUGAGUCAGAAAUGUCUGACGCUAUUAGAAUCGACGAUCUUGAGGAGGGAGAGAUCUUGUAGUCUCAAUACAGAUCUAAUUUUUGACCAGAACAAAUGUUGUGUUAUUGACCUGAACUUUGUUAAUAUAUGAAAUUAGAUGUUCGUUGCUCGUAGAUGUAUUUGUAUAUAUGUAUGAUAUAGUUUCU